CACCGGACUGGGCGGAGGCGCUGACCUCGGCCUAGGAGGCUUUGGAUCCCGGAGACGCCGCUACCCGCUGGGGCCUGCGAGUCGCACGCCCUCCCCGAGCUUCUGCUUGCCGCUCCUUCGCGGGGCGAGGUCAGGUGUCCCCGUUCUCUUCUUUCCCUCCCCCACCUCGGUACCCGCGGGAGAUCCUGCCCGCCCCCUUUCUCAAGGGUGUAGCAGGCUGCGGAGCUGACGGCAGCCCCGCAGCCACCCUUCCCAAACUCUCCGGAAGCCGCCCGAGCUCAGGCCGCUGCAGCUCCGGCGGACCCACUGUUGGACCAGAGGCCCGGUCCUCCUCCCGCGCCCAAACUUGGAGCACUUGACCUUUGACUGUCGGAGGAGGCAGGCCCGCAGGUGGCUGGACAGCUGCGGCGCUGGGAGGGCAUCUUGCCUGGGGACCGUCGGCUGCACUCCCGGACUCUGGGCUUCGCUUCUGGGAUUGCAAGGUGUUCACUUAAGGCGCAUGUGGAUUGAGACCUAGAGUCAUGGAUGUUUGCGCUCGUCUUGCCCUGUGGCUCCUCUGGGGGCUUCUCCUGCAUCAGGGCCAGAGCCUCAGUCAUAGUCAUAGCGAGAAGGCCACAGGAACCGGCUCAGGGGCCACUUCUGAGGAGUCCACUGCAGCAGAGUUCUGCCGGAUUGACAAGCCCCUGUGUCACAGUGAGGAUGAGAAGCUCAGCUUUGAGGCAGUCCGCAAUAUCCACAAGCUGAUGGAUGAUGAUGCCAAUGGGGAUGUGGAUGUGGAAGAAAGUGAUGAGUUCCUGAGGGAAGACCUCAAUUACCAUGACCCAACAGUGAAGCACAGCACCUUCCAUGGUGAGGACAAGCUCAUCAGCGUGGAGGACCUGUGGAAAGCAUGGAAGUCCUCAGAAGUAUACAAUUGGACCGUGGAUGAGGUGGUACAGUGGCUGAUUACAUAUGUGGAACUGCCUCAGUAUGAGGAGACCUUCCGGAAGCUGCAGCUCAGUGGCCAUGCUAUGCCAAGGCUAGCUGUAACCAAUACCACCAUGACAGGAACUGUGCUGAAGAUGACAGAUCGGAGCCAUCGGCAGAAGCUGCAGCUGAAGGCCUUGGACACAGUGCUCUUUGGGCCUCCUCUCUUGACCCGCCACAAUCACCUCAAGGACUUCAUGCUGGUGGUAUCUAUUGUUAUUGGUGUGGGCGGCUGCUGGUUUGCCUAUAUCCAGAACCGUUACUCCAAGGAGCACAUGAAGAAGAUGAUGAAGGAUUUGGAGGGUUUACACAGAGCUGAGCAGAGUUUGCAUGACCUUCAGGAAAGGCUACACAAGGCCCAGGAGGAACACCGCACAGUGGAGGUGGAGAAAGUCCAUCUGGAGAAGAAGCUACGCGAUGAGAUCAACCUGGCCAAGCAGGAAGCCCAGCGGCUGAAGGAACUGCGGGAGGGUACUGAGAAUGAGCGGAGCCGCCAAAAAUAUGCAGAGGAAGAGCUGGAGCAGGUUCGGGAGGCCUUGAGAAAAGCAGAGAAGGAGCUGGAAUCACACAGCUCAUGGUAUGCUCCAGAGGCCCUUCAGAAGUGGCUACAGCUGACACAUGAGGUGGAGGUGCAAUACUACAACAUCAAGAAGCAAAAUGCUGAGAAGCAGCUGCUGGUGGCUAAGGAGGGGGCUGAGAAGAUAAAAAAGAAGAGAAACACACUCUUUGGUACCUUCCAUGUGGCCCACAGCUCUUCCCUGGAUGAUGUGGAUCAUAAAAUCCUAACAGCUAAGCAAGCACUGAGCGAGGUGACAGCAGCACUGAGGGAGCGCCUGCACCGCUGGCAACAGAUCGAGAUCCUCUGUGGUUUCCAGAUUGUUAAUAACCCUGGCAUGCACUCACUGGUAGCUGCCCUCAAUAUAGAUCCCAGCUGGAUGGGCAGUACACGCCCAAACCCCACCCACUUCAUCAUGACCGACGACGUGGAUGACAUGGAUGAGGAAAUUGUGUCACCGUUGUCCAUGCAGUCCCCCAGCCUGCAGAGCAGUGUCCGGCAGCGCCUGACGGAACCACAGCAUGGCCUGGGAUCUCAGAGGUUGGUAGAGGGCGAGGCUGGCCACUUCUUGACGAGCCGGGUCUCUCUGUGGCGAAUGCGCAGCCUUUCAUCUGGACAGUCUUUCAGUUCUGAAGGCCACGGGACCAGCCCACCACCUGCCUCUGCUUCUUCUUCCUGUUCCUCUUCCAUUACCACCACCACCACCACCAUCACCACCGUCCAUGUCCACCCUAUUUAUUAUCCCCACAGCACUUCCGAUUUCCUCCAGAUGGAUCCCUACCCUGACCCACCCCCUUCUGACAGCACCGCUGUGAUGCCUGGGCAUUCAGAGAGCUUGGGGGAUUUGACCCAUUCCGAUUCGGAGUCCUCCCUCCACACGAGUGACCGCCAGCGUAUGGCCCCCAAGCCUCUUCAAAUGGGCCGUGCUGCAGAUGAGGCUGUCAAUGUGAUGACUUCCAAUGGUAGCCACCGGCUGAUUGAGGGGGUUCACCCAGGAUGCCUGGUGGAGAAACUGCCUGACAGCCCUGCCCUGGCCAAGAAGGCAUUACUGGCGCUGAACCAUGGGCUGGACAAGGCCCAUAGCCUGAUGGAGCUGAGCCCCUCAGCCCCAUCAGGUGGCUCCCCACCUUUGGAUUCUUCCAGUUCUCAUGGCCCGAGUUCCCCAGACCCAGACACACCAUCUCCAGUUGGGGACAGCCGAGCCCUGCAGGCCAGCCGAAACACACGCAUUCCCCACUUGGCUGGCAAGAAGGCUGUGGCUGAGGAGGAUAAUGGUUCUAUUGGUGAGGAGACAGACUCCAGUCCAGGCAGGAAGAAGUUUCCCCUAAAAAUUUUUAAGAAGCCUCUUAAGAAAUAGGCAGGAUGGGGGUGGCAGUUGUGAGACAGCUUGUCCUUCCCUGGGUCUUCUGCCUUCCCUUCCUUCGAAAUAUCUGGCCCCUAGAUUGGGGCAUUGAAGGUCUGGCCCAGGGGCCUGGGUACUGUACAUACCUGCUGCCUCCAUCCUCGGUCCUUCAUCAUUAUUUAUUAACUGACCACCGAAGCCUGCCUGCCCUGCUUCCCUCCCAACCGUGGGCUGCUGCUGUCACUCCCUCUCCACUUCAGUGCAUGUCUUAGUUGCUGUUCCUUCAGCUCCCAUCUCCUCUGGGGUCCAGCUUCUGUCUGCUGUCCCAUUUUUGAGGUUUGGUUUUUUGUUUCUCUGUCUCCUGCUCAGGCUCCUCCCUCCCACCAUAUCCCAACUUCCCCUAGCAGUUGUGGGGAAAACAGGAGGAUUAACUUCUGACACUCGUGCCUCAUAUCUCUUUACCCAUGUAUAGUGGUUCUGUUGGCCCCUGACUGGGGCCAAGGGCCUAAUAUGUGACAUUUGUUCUUUGGGAGUAUGGUGGGCUGAAGAGAACCUCAUGCUGGAGUUCACUCAGGUCUCUAGGGAUCCAUAGGGGAGUGAACCAAUUCCCAGAGAACAAGUCUCCAGAGUUUUGAAGAGAGGCCAGGCUAAGGAUGGACUGGGAGAGACCUCUCUUAGUUGGAGGAAGAGUGAAUGCCAGAGCCAUGGGCUAUAAGGCAGUCACCUUUUCUCUCUUGUUGCAUCCACAUCUGCCUCCCUUUAUCCCGCUCCCCCAUACUGUAGGAGUGUUCGUCUCUAAGAGGUGCUGCCUCAAAGCAUCCCCAAGUAUACUCCUUGGGCUUAAAACAAUUGGCUUCCCUGGUUAUGGGAACCACAGUUGUAACAGAGGGUUCUUGUGGAGCCCUGGAGCUGUUGGACAAGGAUGUUGCUGUAUUUGAACCAAAAGACAAAACAGUUUAAAACAAAUCUCCUGAAUUUCCCAAGUGCCUGCACAGCAUACUCCCACUUAGACUCCAUUUUCAUAUUACUGCAUAGCCUGGGCCAAAAUGGACACAACCAAUUUGGGGAAGGGAUGGCAAAGGGAGAUGGUAUAUGUGAAGGCUGUUGUGUGACCACUUCCCCCCAACCUUUCCAUCUUCUAGACAACUUUUACCUGUUUUUGCUAUGGCUGUAAAAGUAUUUUUCCCCUAUGCCCUAUUCUGCCAUGCCUUUAUCCUGGGAUCCUAUUUUGGGCCUGGGGUGGGUGCACCUAGGGCUGGUCUUAGGAGGGUGCUAGGCUGCAGACUGCCUUGUAUCCCCUGGACACCCUCACAUGGGUUUUUCUGUGUUAUUUCAUAAGACUCUUUGAAGUCCAAUAAAGCAUGUAGGAGAUUUUAA